GCGAGGGAUGGCGUCGGGCAAACGGCGGGGGCCACGGCCUGGCGCUGGGCGGCCAACAGGAUCUGCAGCCACAUACUGGUGGCUCAAGCAGCCAGGGCGAAGCGCCCAGACCCAGCUCGGGCGGCAUGGCUACGCGAGUGCCUCGGCAAGGCGUUGCACCGAGGACGACACCGCUUGCGGCAGCUCGGGGCCACGGGACAGCGGCUGGACCACCUCCCCUGCGACAUAGAGCACUGGCGGCUGCACGAGGAUGGCGCGGAGGAGGGGCUCACCGCAGUUAUGGAGAUACGGCGGUGGCUCCUUAAGCAGGCCAACAAGAUAGUGAGUACGGUGGCUCAGGAGAGGGCCAAAGCGUGGUGGGGUCACCUCAAGGAUGGCAGCAAGGGCGCAGCAGGUUUCUUGCACCGCAUGGCUCGCUGGCGCCAUGCCGAGCGACCCCCCGCGCCCAUCGCGAACUACAAGAAAGACGAGGUGGAGUUGCUUGACGGGCAGACGCUGCUGGAUGGGCAUGCCCACCAGUGGCACCAGCCCUGGGCCUCGCACGGGGCCGACAGCCGAGCAGAGCACGUGUUCAAGACAAGCACUGGCAUAGGCGCUGACUGGUGGCACCCGAGAUGGUGGACGUGGCUAUCGCCAGAGGGCAUCCAGGCGCUGGUCGACCUCGCCGAGUACAUGCUCCACCACGUUCAUUGGCCUACACAGGUAGAGCGGCUGGCCUACUUCCUGGUGCCGAAGCCGCACGGGGCUGCCCACAUCAACGCGGCUGUGGUGAAGGACCUGUCCAAGGCGUUCGAACGCGUCACCAUGCGGCGCCUGUGGGGGCACGGGCGCAAGCUGGGGAUGCCAGAGCAGGUAAUCCACCUCAUGGUGUCGAUCUUCACUAUGGAUAGGGUCGUCACGCUGGAUGGCAUGGUGGCCUCUACACGGAUGCGUACGUGGUCCGCAGCGGCUGCAGGCAGUCGUGGUGGUACACGGGCGCUCAAGUGCUUCACCAUCAUCUUGCUGGACAUGGUCAUCGCCAGGCCGUGCCUGGAGGGGGCCAAGAGGUACGUCAAGCUCUACGUCGAUGGCACCACGAUCCACCUCCAGGGCGAGCGGGAGGCAGUGGUGCACGAGGCGAAGGAGUCUUCGAUGGCAUACAUACAGGCAGCUGAGGCAGAAGGCCUCCCUCUGUCGCUCACCACGCACAAGAACGGCGUCACCAAGAAGGGCAAGAGCUACGUCUACACGGCAGACAAGCAGGCCAAGGCCAAGUUCAAGAUCUCGGCGAAGGACUGGGGCCUGGAGAUCCAAGAAGAGGGCGUGCAGCUGGGCGUGGACUUCACUGGCGGUGUUGGCGCACGGCGGCGGCCCAAGCAGCAGGAGCGUGUAGAGGUCAUGGUCAAGAGGGGUACCAAGCUGAACAUCCUUAAGAAGCAGGGCGCCAGCUUAGGCACGGCCAAGGUAGCCAAGCUGGGCUUCUUGCCGUCCUUACGCUACGGGGUGGCCUGCAUCGGGGCGCCGCCGAAGCUCAUCGAGAGGGCGCGCAUCAACAUGUCGAUGGCGCUGAGCGGCGAGGCCAUGGGCAAGGAUCGCACCCUGCGCCUGUGGCUCGAGGAGGCCGACCCAGCGGUGAGCCUCACCAUUCGGCCAGUGGUGGAGUGGACUGAGGUAGUAUGGAGUCGGGCCAUGGACGAGGAGGCUAUGGUCGCGGCAUGGAGGAAGGCGGCAGCGCGGCUGGCCACGGCAGGCACGGUGGCAUGGUCGGCAGUCAGAGGACCUGCAGAGGCAGUCUUGAGGACCCUGCGCGACCUCGGCUGGUCAUGGCCUGCGCCGUGGACGCUACUCACACCAGCGGGCGUCCAGGUGCCAUUGCACACGGUGGCGCCUAAGACGGUCAGGUACAAGCUGGAGAGGGCCAUCGAGCGGCAGGUUCUCACGAAGUGGGCUACAGAGAAGGGCAUCGCCGAGGAGGUCCCGAAGCCGUUCUUGGAGCCGGUGAGGGCGCUGCUCAAGAAGCGCAGGUGGGCUACGCAUCAAGGCGCCAUCCAGGCCUACGUGGGGCAGGACUACUGCACGCGGGCCAAGCUCCAGCAACGCGGCACGGUAGCCGACGGCAUGUGCCAGCAGUGCAGGCGCGCGUUGGGCACACAGAGGCACCGCUUCGGGCGCUGCGAGGCCCACGAGGAGAGCAGGGCCAAGCUCGCCGACAAGCAUGCGGGCAUUGUGCAGCGCAUGGCGGGCUCAGGAGAGAGCUUGCUGCUCAACUGCGGCCUGGUGGCGCACCCCAUCUAUGACGUUGAGGGCGACACCCAGAUCGAGCAGUGCCACGCGGUCAACGCAGAGGGCGACGAAAUCUGCGAGGACGACGUCAUGCCGUUCAUCUCGGGAUCCUGCUUCACUGACGGCUCGCGCAAAGGCACCCCGCGCUCAAGGGCUACGGCUGGCGCUACGUGCGGUUCGAGGAGCCUGAUGGUGAAGGUCAGUGCACGGCGCUUGGUGGAGCAUACGGUAGCCUGCCAGGGGUACGAGCUACAGGCCAUUUGGUAUGCCCUGCACAGGGCGACGGCCCCCACCACGCUGGCCACCGAUUGCGAGAUGGCGGUGAGAGGCACGAGGAGGGGCCGUCAGUGGUGCAUGGCGACGCAGAGGAGCAACUGCGACAUCUGGAUGCGCAUCUGGCACGUCGUGGACGAGACCUUCCCGAACAUGGAUGGCCCCACGGUGGUGCAUGUGCGGUCGCAUGGCAGAGGGCAGAACGCGUUCCACGAGCACGCCAACAAGAUCGCCGACGAGAUGGCGGCCAAAGGAGCGCAGCUGGCCAUGCCGCCGCAGUGGCAGAUCGACGUCUGGCAGGACCGCUGGAAGACGGUGCAGCAGGUGCUGGACUUCGUGGCAGACAUGGCAGUGGAGGUUGGCGACUUCGGGGGCGUCGCGAAGCCCACUAAAGAGGAGGCACGGGCGCAGCGCCGACGAGAGGCCCAGCUGCGAGGACGGCAGCCCGAGGCUGACGAGGCGAG